AUGGAUGUUUUGAAGAGUAUUCCGGGUGUUGUUGAAAGACAAAUUGAUUAUAACAGAAGCAUUACGUUUUUACAACAAUUGGAAAUAACACAUAAUAGUGAUAUAUUCAUUGGAAUGCAUGGUAGUGGUUUAACGCAUUUGUUAUUUUUACCGGAUUGGGCUGUCAUCUUCGAAUUGUACAAUUGUGGUGAUACGAAUUGUUAUUGGGAUUUAGCACGUUUACGAGGUGUUAAAUAUUUUACAUGGACAAAAAGUGAUAAAGUAUUUCCAGUUGGUGACGGUAUACAUCCACAAACGGGUAAGCUACAUCAAAAAUUUCAGAAUUAUCGAUUUGAUCGGGAUGAAUUUCGAAGGCUUGUUCUGAUGCAAGUGGAAUAUGUGCUAAGUCAUCCAGCAUAUGUCAUAGAAUUACGGAAACAAAAACGAAAACAGUAUAAUGAAGAACUGUGA